AUGCCCGACAUUCUAACACCUAAGCGGAAACAAAGCGAUGUUUUGUUCCAAUUGGGCCAAGACCACAGUGACUGGAGUGAUGGCGAAGUCGGACACGAGGGAGAAGCCGAGGCAGUGGUAGUAGGGAACAAGCGCUCUAUUGCCAGCCAGACCGACGGGGCAGGCUAUACCAAACUGGCCAG